UUCUGUCGAUUUUUAACUAAGUGACGGAACGCCUGCUUAUCUGUUAUAGUCUGGAAUCGUCGUGUUCCAUUUCGUUCAGUUUAUGUACUGUUGUGGUUGGCAAGUAUUAAGCGGCACGUAUUACAUUCAGUUUAUAUUGUUUUCAGUAUUUUCGUGCACUAUGUCUAAUCAGGAAGAAGGUUCCGAAGAGCAAACAUGCGCGUUUUUCAAGCCAAAAGUCUGCAAACGAGCAGUAAUGCGCCGAAGACAACAGACGUCAGAUGAUUCGGAUGACGAAUCAUCAGUAAAGAAGGUUGAUAGAAAACGUUUGAACGGGCUAGUACAAGGGACCGGUGGUUCAAAAAAAUGGCGCUCCGAAGAAGAGACUGUUGGCGUGGCAUUUAGCUCAUCUAGAAAAACAAGCGGGCCAAAUGAUCAAGGGGCAACUGCUACAUCUGAAAUUAAUACGGAGUUUGACAAGGAUUCCAGAUCCAUCUUCGAACGUGCUCAAAAGAUUAACGAGGAAAGGAAGGGACAAGAGGACGACAAAGUGUACCGAGGCAUAAAUAAUUACACCCAGUUCAUCUCAAAGAAGGACACAGCUGCAGGUAGUGCCGCAAAAAUGAAGGCUAAGGGACCACUUCGUGCUCCAACGAAUAUUCGAAGUACUGUUAGAUGGGAUUACCAACCUGAUGUAUGCAAAGACUUUAAAGAGACAGGCUUCUGUGGUUUUGGUGAUUCAUGCAUAUUUAUGCAUGAUCGAAGUGACUAUAAGCAUGGCUGGCAGCUUGACAGAGAAUGGGACGAAAAGCAGAAAGCUAAACAAAAAAAGCUUCAAGACGGGAAGUCAGAUGAAGAUAAUGACGACGACGAUCGGAAAUACGAGAUUCCUUCAGAUGAGGAUGAUCUACCGUUUGCGUGUUUUAUUUGCCGGGAAGCCUUUGUUAACCCUGUUGUGACAAAAUGCGAACAUUUCUUUUGCGAAAAGUGCGCGUUAGCACACUUUAAGAAAUCUAGUCUUUGCUUUGUGUGCGGGAAACCCACUGGCGGCGUAUUUAAUCCAGCAAAGGAGUUAGCAGUAAAGAUUGCUGAAAGAAAGCUAAAUGGAAAAGAUGACGAAGAAGACGACGAAGAGGCGAGUAAAAAAGGCGGACCAAGCGGAGACGUGGGAAACCUGUUCAAUGCAAAGAAGAACUAACAGAACAAGUUGGCAUUGACAAAAUGGUAUGACGAUGAUUAGGAAAUGCUAGCGUACUUACUUCAUAUGCGAUAAAACCUUGCCCAUAUAUAUACCCAACUCAGAGCAUGCCCAAUUAAAACAGCAGUAUGGAUUAAGGAAUUUUUAAGGAAUAUCCUCCAUAAUCUGCUCUGUAUUAACAAAGCCGCUCGGCGUUACUGUCAUGUUUUUUGUAAAUAAAUUGUAAAUACUCAAAUUCAGACGAUCGCGAUACAUAUUUGUGAUCGUACGCAACUAUAUUGAAAUAAAGUAAAAUUAUUUUGAGGACCCAGCUACUA